UGUCCAUAUCUGCUUGUUUGCUCUCUGCUUUUGUUUACCUUGUGUAUUUGUGACAUAAGGCAGUGUCAACACUGUAGCUCACAAUAUUUGAGCAAUAUCGGCUUUGGAAAGUUUAUUUGACAGCGCUGUCGCGGGUCAUUAGACCACCCUCCCCUCUCUCCCCUGUGGAUUUAAUCGUAUUGCAGGAAGUCCCUCACAUCCUCUCCUCCUGCGCUGUGUAUGUGUGUCUUUCAGUGGCGGUAUACUAUGAAAAUCUUCUCAUAAGGAUCCGGGCAUCAUGAGCAUCUACCGGCGCGCAGAGAGUUGGUACCUCAUGAGCGGAUUUGGCGCUAUUGCGCUGCUGAUAGUGGGACUGACCGCUGACAGCUCACCUCAACACUCACCCGACGAGAGACGAUUGAAAAGUUGGUUCACCAAACUCGAACACUACCGCAUCAUUGUACCACUACUACUGGAAGGAACAGAACAGCGAUCAAUCAGCUGGCUCCACUCCAGGACUCCUCCCGCUUCACUGCACAUCCUGAUCCAAACAGAAGGACAGCAGCUGAUUUUGUCUGUGGAGAAAAACCAUGGCCUCUUUGCCAGCCACUACACUGAGACACACUACAGGGAGGAUGGACAAACUGUUUCAAGCACUCACAACUCUACGAUGAAUUGCUAUUACCAUGGCGAGGUCCAAGGGCAAGCCCAUUCUGAUGUCAGCCUUAGUACUUGCUCUGGUAUCAGAGGUUUCAUCUCACUUGAAAAUAAAAGACUGAUGGUGGAGCCAGCUUUCGAGCCAGCAAAUGACACACAUGUGAUCUACGAUGGACACCUACACUUCCCUUCUGGAACCUGUGGACAUGGACAUAAUAUAUCUACAGUCAGCCAUGCCAAUGCUGGAGAACUGCUACAAUUAUUCAGCACAAGGCAUAAAAGAGAUGUUCAGAAGACCACCAAAUAUGUGGAGCUCAUCAUUAUAGCAGACAACAGAGAGUUUCAGAAACAAGGAAAAGAUGUGGAGAAGGUCAAGCAGAGGCUAGCUGAGAUCGCCAACUAUGUGGACAAGUUUUACAGGGUGCUGAAUAUUCGUGUAGCUCUGGUGGGACUGGAGGUUUGGAGUGAUGCUGAUAAGUGUGCCAUUACCCAAGACCCCUUCACAACACUCCAUGAGUUUUUGGACUGGAGAAAACUUCGACUGCUGCCACAGCGGCCACAUGAUAAUGCCCAACUUAUUAGUGGGGUGUACUUUCAGGGCACCACAAUAGGCAUGGCUCCCAUUAUGAGCAUGUGUACGGCGGAGCAGUCGGGAGGUAUUGUCAUGGAUCACUCGGACAAUCCUCUUGGAGCUGCUGUGACUUUGGCCCAUGAGAUGGGCCACAACUUUGGAAUGAACCAUGACACACCAGAGCGGGGGUGUGGCUGUGGGAUGACUGUUGAUCGUGGUGGCUGCAUCAUGUCUCCCUCUACAGGGUACCCCUUCCCCACAGUGUUCAGUACCUGUAGUAAGAAGGAUCUGGUGAUGAGUCUGGAGAAGGGGGUGGGCAUGUGUUUGUAUAAUAUGCCUGAAGUCAAAAUGCUCUACGGGGGACAGAAAUGUGGCAACGGAUACAUCGAGGAAGGAGAAGAGUGUGACUGUGGAGAGCCAGAGGAGUGUAUGAACCCCUGCUGUAACGCAACAACCUGCACUCUCAAGGGAGAUGCUGUGUGCGCUCAUGGACAGUGCUGUGAAGACUGCCAGUUAAAACCAGCAGGGACCCCUUGUAGAGAGGCCAGUAACUCAUGUGACUUGCCUGAGUUCUGCACAGGUACCAACCCCCACUGCCCUGCCAAUGUGUACUUGCACGAUGGGCAUGCAUGCCACAAUAUGGAUGGUUACUGCUACAAUGGCAUCUGCCAGACCCACGAGCAGCAAUGCAUCACCCUAUGGGGACCAGGAGCGAAACCUGCCCCGGGGAUCUGUUUUGAAAGGGUAAACUCUGCAGGCGAUCCCUAUGGGAAUUGUGGAAAAGACGUCAAAGGCUCCUUUGCUAAAUGCGAAGCAAGGGAUGCUAAGUGUGGAAAAAUUCAGUGCCAAGGGGGUGCCAACAGGCCAGUGAUUGGGACCAAUGCUGUUUCCAUAGAGACAAAUAUACCUCUGCAAGAAGGUGGGCGUAUUCUGUGCCGCGGAACACACGUGUACCUGGGUGACGAUAUGCCCGAUCCAGGACUGGUGUUGGCAGGGACUAAGUGUGCUGAGGGCAUGAUCUGUUUGAACAGGCAGUGUCAGAAUGUCAGUGUGUUUGGAGUGCAUGAGUGCUCUGUGAAGUGUAAUGGAAGAGGGGAAUGCAACAACAAGAAGAACUGCCACUGUGAAGCUCACUGGGCACCUCCAUUCUGUGACAGGGCAGGGUUUGGUGGCAGUGUGGAUAGUGGACCAAUGAGACUGGCCGCUGAUAGCAGCGCUGUGGCCGUGGGCACGCUGGUCACCCUCCUUUGCUUGCUGUCGGCGGGGCUGAUUUUGUGCCUGAGGAGGAAGGCGCUAGUUCAGAUGCUUUGCAUCAAUAAGAAGAGUGCGAUUCAAAAGCUCAGAUCAGUUGGGCGAAAGAGAGUACCCAACUCCCCGCAGACACAGUCUGUUUUCAGGGUCUCACCUCAGCGCAAGCCCCCCACCUUACCUCUACACUCCAGAUGUGAUAAGUCAACUCAUCCUAGUUCAGAGCCUCUCCUCCCACCGCACAACUUCCACAGUUUGUGUUGGUUACCUGAAUGCCCUGCUAGGUGCCAGCCAGUCCACAUCACUCACCCCAUGCCCAUCACACUGGGGGAUGGCAUGACCAAAGGCUUGCAGUCCAUGCCUGCUGUCCCUCCUCACAGGACUCUGCUCUCACACACAGACUCACCAGGCAGAGCGGCAGGCUUCCACACACUUCCUCGCCAGCUGCCCUUCAUAAAAAACCAAGACCAUGAUAUUCCCAGUCCUCCACAGAAGCCACUUCCUGCAGACCCCUUGAUCAGAGGCCAUGGUGUGGGUCGCAGCAUGUCCACAGUGGGAGUUCGGAUACCGGGCCCUUGUCCUCUACCCAUCCCGACUCCAACAGUGCCACGACCACCCCCUUCCGUACCACUCCCAAACAGACCACUUCCCAGAUUACCACAGUCAUGUUAUGAUCACUGACAUAUGGACACCACUACAGUGAAGUUGAAUUUCACCAGCAUCUGAACACACUUGUUUGCACUAUAAAAAACUUUGGACCAAGUGACCACCCCUGCAGAUCUCCAUGGAGUUUCUUACAGAGUAGAGGACUGACAUGCCACCUUGGUGCUGUGCCCCCUCAGAAAAGGUGUUUAUUUGUCCUCGCUCAAGUACUGCAGAACUAUUUAAGAUGUAUGUUUAUUGUGUUGACAGUUUUUUACUGUAUGAUCAUUGUGAUUUUUUCUUUUUUUAUAUAAAUGUGAAAAUAUAAGAACUUGAUUACAAAAUAAGGAAUGCUUUCAUUUUUUAUGCUUUAUCCUCUACUACAAUAUACCUGCUAAGUCUGUGGAAGGAAGUAUGUUGGUGUUGUGAAGAUUUAAAAAAGACCUUUUAAAAAUGACAACCUGUGUGGGAUACUGGAGUAUGAGACAACAUGAGAUUUAAAUGACUAAACUAUGGGUGAUCCCUGGAACGGGAUCAGCCACAAAGUGCAAAAACCUUGCCAUAAAGGAUGAGAAUUAUUGUUCACUCAUAGUUCAGUCAUUUGCGUUGUACUCUGUUGUAGUAUGUAAGUGACAGUCAUGCUGCCGGACACUGACAGACCAACUUUUCUGGUUAAUAUUUAUGGUCCAAACACGUAAAAGUCACAACAUCGUGUUAUGGUCAAACAUCUACUCGUUUCAUCACACCAAAUAUUGCCAGCAAUCACCAUUCAGUAUUCUACUUUGAGCCUUCAGUCUACAACAGCUUUCAUGCCGGUGUCAUUAAGGCCUUAUUGUUCUGCAUACACACUUGAAAGACCCCAUGAAUUAAGAAGAAUGUUUUGUCCUAGUGUACUCCUAAACAUUGACAUAACUUUUAAUGGAUAUAAACAUUUAAAACAUUCAGUCUUUUCUCCUGGAAAAAUGUACUAAAACAUAUUGAUGACUCAUCUUGCACUACAGAUUUUCGUCCAAUAAAAUGCUCCCUAGAACGAGAAUGUCCCUCCUUCUGCAACCAAACAGCAACUUCCAGUUUAAAGACAUCGGAAAACUGCACCAAGGUCCCUUUCAAGGCGAGUCAGUCCACUCGGCAGCCAUAUUUGGAACACUUCCGGGCAGGCUGUGCAGCUAUUUUAAAUGAAAACAAAUGGCAUAAAAGUACUACUCCUAUCUACUUUAAUGGGAAAAGACAGAAAUCUGCUUAAAACUGUUUGUCAAGAUUACAAUCAAAGAACAUAUAAAAAAUCAGCAGUAAAAUCUGACAACAACGGUAUAAAAUAAAUUGUGCUAAUACAGCUCAGUUGACGCAAAAAAAAAAAAAAAAAAAAAAAAAACUAUUUUUCAGGUUGGCUCAGCUAAUGCACAUUGUAAUGCAAGUUGAUCAACAAGUGAUGUCUGUACCUAAAGGGUGAUUGGCCUCUUUUACCAGUAAGGCGGAACUUCCUUUUUUUACAUUCGUUGGCCGUUCUAAUUUCUCCCAUUCACCACCAGUGGUCCGUCUCUGCUAAACUGUCUCUUGACUGCACUCAGCGAUUUCAUGAGGUCUUCAAAGUGACGUUAUGUGAACAUUAUGCCAAUACUUUAGGCAAUAGAUGUUGAAUAUUCUGCACAGUUUUUCCUUGUAUAAUUUCUUGUUAUAAGUCAAAGUACUCUCUUUAGCCAUAUACAGUACCCAACCUUAUAUAUAUAUAUAUAUAUAGUGUUUGAAAUCAAAAUAGCUGAUUUAAACAGCAGAGGACAUAGUAAAUAUCACUGCUGGUGUGUCAUCACAGCUAUAGCAUUUUUACACAAGUGGUUACUCCAUAGCCAAAACACAGCUUUCUUAAUGCACAGAUGGACUCACUGUUAUUCAUAAACUCACUGGACUAUUGUUCUGCCUGGUGCUUCACCCUGAGGGGGAAAUCUCACUUCAGGUUUUCCACAUACGGUUAUGAUUCAUUUUUCAGUGCUGUUGCUAUGGGAGUGUAACAUACUCAGCUGUCACACAGUAACUCAUUUAAGCAAAGCCCAUGUGUGCUUGUGUUGUUUGCUUAGUCACAACAAUUUGUUAUUUCACUUUUUCAUAUGCACACAAGCUGAUGUGUUGUAUGCUCAAAACUGUUUGUAAUGUUUUGACAGACAAGCUGUCAUGAGGAUGAUUGCUCAGUUUUGCACUGGGUGUCAAUUUCAUUGUGUAAUAGUUUUAUACACUAAAGUCAUUUUUUAUUUCUAUAAAUUAGGAUGUGAAAAUGGAAUUGUGAAUGCCUCGGAAAGUGAAUAGUCCCUUCAAAACUGGAUAAUCACGGUAAUCACAGACUUGAAUGAGACUGUAGAACAAAUAAUAAAUGAGGAUAUCACUAUCA